CAAGCAUCACUGGCAUGACUUCCUGCCACAGAAUCGUUAACAGCGACUGUCAUCAUCCCACCCACAGGAUUUUCGGCACAGGCCCUCUUGACUGCUAUCAGAAUGGGCCGUUGCGAUAGUAGCCAUUUGGCGGUGUUUCACGAGACAACGUCUUCGAAUCGGUAGAUGGUCGUGCGAUGCAAUCUGUAUCAGAACGACGAGAUCACCGCCAAGGGACCUAUCGGCGCCGCCGCUAUAAAGCCUGCGGUGCCGCGCACUGUGCGCUGCCACUUUACGCAGCCAUCUUGGUGCUACAUUCCGCGCGCAGGAGACGCAACCGCAACGCGGUUAUGUUUGCUUGAACAUUCACAACACCCUCCGAGUACCGGUCGACCCGCAGGCCACUCAUUCGCUCCUUACUUUCGAUCUUCAUCACCGUCCUGCCUGUUGUGUCCUUUAGACUGGUCUCCAAUGGAGAACUCCCAUUCAGGGCUCGAAGCGGCUGCCUUUCGUUGUGCGAGUGCUGUCUUUGCGUUCGCCGGCUUUCUCCUUAGUGCUCUUUCCGCUCUGAUACUUGCGAUCCUCCGUACCUUCGUAGCGAAGCAAGAGCAUCCGAGGCUCUUGCGUGCCCGCCACCAGACGGGCAAGAGCAACCGACGUACCAAGUCACCAAUGCAGCCAGCAACGGACCUGCAGAAGCAGCCUGCGACUCCCACUUCUUCCGCCUCGGAUGCAACCCUCGUCGAGGACGCUGCCAAUGCACGCGUGCGCUUCAGGGACACGCUCAUCGUGUACUUACAUUCGGCCUCGCCAGACAUGUCUACCACGCGACGCGUGCACGCCCCACAUGGUCUGUCGAAAGCGGCCGUACUCGAGUCUACCCAGCGACUAGGGUCGACUGCUAGUCCCGGUAUUGGGACAGGGGAGACGUGUCCUAUGAAGUGUCUAGCGGUCGUCGGCCGUCAAAGCACUCAGCCGCUACAGCUCCAGAAGAGCUCAGAGGCGGGCUCGCGCCCGAGUGGUGCGGACAAACCUGCCACGAAACCUGCGGUCCUGAGGUCGGCAAGCAUGCCACAUCUGCCACAAGUGAAGCGCUCGCCUAAGUUCACUAGCACUCUCGGUGCAACGCACGAUAAGGUGGCACGGAAGUGCCCAACCAAAGUGUCAAAGGCAAUUCCACACGAGGCGCCCCACUACGUCGCCCUCCCAGGCCUUACGCCUCCGGCAGGCUAUGCGACAGGUCAAAGCCGCAAGGCUGGCACGACCUCCGGCGUCAGAUUCGAGCAGUAUCACCUCUGGAGUCGCAAGGCGAAGUCAUUGCGAAACCUCAAAGCCGCGCAGCCAGACGUCACAACCGUCCGUCUAUCAGUUUCCACCAACCCUGCUUCACAGUUGAAAGCACAGAGACAGGCUACUUGGCAUGCCGCCACGAAGUACUCAAUCAGCUCUGUGUCAUUGUCUGCUGCGGAGGCGGAGAAAGCGACACCUCGCAGGGUCGGCGGUGAUGGACCACCAAUACGGCAACGGUCCAUAUCUGGGGGUGCCAUUGCCCAACAACCUCUUAGAGCGCGGCGGUCGUCUGAACAGUCGCCGCCCUUAGCGAGGCUCUUUGCGCGUUCGAUGAGCACGACUGCGCUCACGGAGCUCGCAACGCACGAGACCGCCGUACCUCCACGCAGACCACUAUGGCUGGCCCGUUUCCGACGACGUGCAAGAUCUGUUUCGUCAGACACGUCCGGAUGAUUGGUUACAGGACGGUUCGAUUUCAGAAGACACCUUUUGUUAUGUUUGCUGCCUAUUGUUAUUACUAGC